UCACUGAACUUCGCGCAGAAAGAACAACCAAAAUCCAAAGAAUAAGUUUUCCUUCUUUCUCUCUCUAACUUUUUCAUUUUCUUUUUUUUUUUCAAAAAUUCGACCACCUUUCUAUCUGUUAAUUUUCCUCUUUAUUUUUUCUUUCCACUUUAAUUCUCAAAAAUUAUUCUCUCUUCUCUUUCACACUUCUUUCUCUCUCUUCUGUUAUUUUUUACACUUUCUAUCUCUAAAACAGGGGAGCUUUUGAAGCUUUCAACAAUGGCAGAUAUUACCCAUCUUCCUAUGGAACAACUUCAAGACCUUGAGUAUUGCAUAGACUCAAAUCCUCCUUGGGCGGAAACCCUCCUUCUAGCAUUUCAAAACUACAUUGUGAUGCUUGGUACAACUGUGAUGAUUCCUACAAUACUCGUUCCUGCAAUGGGUGGUUCUGAUGCUGACAAGGCACGGGUCAUACAAACUCUCCUAUUUGUGGCAGGAAUAAACACACUUUUGCAAGCUUUAUUUGGGACAAGACUGCCAACUGUAGUAGGAGGAUCCUUUGCUUACAUUAUAUCUAUAGCAUACAUUAUAAAUGACUCCUCACUGAAGAGCAUUCCCGACGGUCAUGAUAGAUUUAUUCAAACAAUGAGGGCUAUUCAAGGAGCUCUAAUUGUUUCUUCUAGUAUACAAAUCAUUUUAGGUUACAGUCAACUUUGGGGACUCUUUUCACGAUUCUUUAGUCCUCUCGGGAUGACGCCGGUUGUGGGUUUGGUUGGGUUAGGGUUGUUUCAUCGAGGAUUUCCUGCGCUUGGAAACUGCGUAGAAAUCGGACUUCCUAUGCUAUUUCUCAUAAUUGGAUUGUCUCAAUAUUUGAAGCAUAUCAGGCCUUUCAGGGAUGUCCCAAUUUUCGAGCGAUUCCCUGUCAUAAUAUGUGGCGCAAUUGUAUGGGUUUAUGCCAUCAUCUUGACGGCAGCUGGGGCUUAUAAGCAUAAACCGCACCCAACUCAAAUCAGUUGUCGUACAGAUAGGGCAAAUCUUAUUUCAACUGCUCCGUGGUUUAAAUUCCCAUAUCCGUUGCAAUGGGGUCCUCCGACUUUUGAUGCUGGUCAUUCAGUUGCUAUGAUGGCAUCGGUUUUGGUUUCUAUGAUUGAGUCGACCGCUGCUUAUAAGGCAGCGUCUAGGCUUGCAAUUGCUACCCCUCCUCCAGCUUACGUUUUGAGUCGCGGUAUAGGAUGGCAGGGCAUUGGAGUUUUGCUGGAUGGUCUGUUUGGAACAGGCGUUGGAUCAUCAGUCUCUGUGGAAAAUGUAGGAUUGCUAGGGCUCACGCGAGUUGGAAGUCGUAGAGUCGUUCAAAUCUCAGCCGGUUUUAUGAUAUUUUUCUCAACUUUAGGAAAAUUUGGCGCUGUUUUUGCAUCGAUACCUUUCCCGAUCUUUGCGGCUUUAUACUGUGUUCUGUUUGGCCUUGUGGCUUCCGUUGGACUAUCAUUUCUACAAUUUACAAACAUGAACUCUAUGAGGAAUCUUUUUAUUACCGGUGUCUCUCUUUUUCUUGGGAUAUCGAUUCCUCAGCUCUUCAGUGACUAUCUUCCUCAACAUGGCCUGGUUCGGUCAAAUGCAGGCUGGUUCAAUGCAUUUUUGACGACAAUUUUCAUAUCAUCCCCGACAGUAAGCUUAAUCAUCGCUGUGUUCCUCGACAACACUCUAGAAGUAGAAAGAUCGAAGAAAGACAGAGGAAUGCCGUGGUGGGUUAAGUUUAGAAAUUUUAGGGGAGACAACAGGAAUGAGGAAUUUUACACACUGCCAUUCAAUCUCAACAGAUUCUUCCCUCCUACGUAGUAAAAGACUCGUAAUACAAGACCCUCAAACACUUUUUAUCGGCUCUUAGAGUCUAACCGAGCUGAUAUCAGAUCAUCGACAGAGAUCCAAUGAGCAACCAACUGAAUAUAUUUUGAUCGCAAGAACACCGAACUUUUAACUUAUCGGGUGUAAUUUUGGUGGAAAAUCGACAUGUGCAGCAAGGUCUAGGAGUUAGGAUAGUAUAUCAUUCUUCUCAAAUGCCUUAUUUGGUGUAAAUGGCAUGUAAUAACAAGCAGUAUGUUCUGCUUGCUUUUUGGCUUUUGCAAUUGUGCAGAUCAUAUCUAAAAAAAUGUCUAAUUUCUGGGUUGCUCAAAAGAUUCUGGGGUAGCCCAGAUUAAUUUCAUAAAAUCCAAUUGAUUUUUGUUCUUUUUGGUUAA